AACUAGCAAUCUCCCAGCAACUAAAGUCCCACGAGCAGUAAAAUGUAAGAACACUUCCUGUAUUCUGUAGAAACUUUUCAAGAGGACACUUUUCACAAUAUUCCCCAGACCUCACUUUUAUUCCACAAUGACAAUGCCAACUAAGUUGGCUAGUCUAGUAUCACAUCACUAUAUAUACCCUAUAUUCUUCACAUCUCUUCUUCUGUCCCAAUCUCUUCCCUCUGUAGCCAUAGACAUGAAGCUGCUAAAUCCUUCCAGCAUCAUCCGAUACUUUUCCGUCUCACUUAUCUUCCUCCCUUCUUUCAUUUCAUCCCAGACCUGCCAAAAAACAUGUGGUACUCAACCUGUGAGAUACCCUUUUGGCACUGGCCUAGGAUGUGGAGAUCCACACUUCCAAACAUAUGUAAACUGCAACAAUGAUCAACUCACUUUCAUCUCGAAAACUGGCUGCUACCCCAUUACCUCCAUAGACUAUGAUAACCAAGUUUUGUAUAUUACUGAUCCCUCCAUGUCAACUUGUUCCUGCACACAGCAAAGCAAGGGCUUUAGCCUAGACUGGAACGCUCCAUUUAGCUUCCACGACGACACUGUUUUUGCUUUACUCGACUGCUCAAUAUCUUCUUCACCUAUAUACAAAUCCAUCAAUGGUGAAAAGAACUCAUCACUUCCACUAUGUGAUUAUCAGGGAACAUCUGUCUGUGAUCAUCUUUCCUCUUGCCAAGCUAUCAGCAGGCUCGACAUUCCAAUCUCUACGUGCUGUGUUUACACACCUGUAGACCUUGGGCCAGCAUUUGACAUGAACUUGGAGAAACUGCAGUGCAAUUCUUACUCUGGUUUAUAUGGAUUUUUAGGCCAAGAAAACAACCCGGAGAACUGGAAAUAUGGGGUGGCACUCAAGUAUAAGUUCAAUUUUAACAAUAAAUAUCCAACAGACUGUGAUCAGUGUGAGAAGAGCAGUGGAGUUUGUGGCUACACUGAACCAUCUAACUUAUUUUCGUGUAAUUGUCCUAGUGGUUUCAACACAACAAUAGAUUGUUUCGAGGGAGAAUCUUGGAGCAGUGCUUUCAGACUCCUACCAUUGCAGAUUAUCACUUUCUUGGCAUGUUUUGUUGGAUCAAGAUUGUUGUAGAUUGCGCUAAAGUGUCUAGGGCAUUCACUUUCCAUUGUAUGUUUUCUGUUCUGAGAUUUCUGCAUAUUGAAUCGAAAAUCCUUCAUGCA